UGAGCUGCUGUCCUGAGCAAGGAGAGCAGCUCAUGUGCUGCCAUGUCGGAAGAUGCUUUAUUGGAGGAGGAGAUUUGGGAGUACAAAUCCAUUAGGAAACAGAAGUUGGAGCCUCAGGGUGGUUCAGAGAGCGGCUCUGCACCUGUGCGGACAAUAAGUAAUGGCAAGUGCAGGCCAAAAAGGAAGGGAAAUGGAAAUAAGAAAAAAUCUGUGGAAAAAACAGAUACUAUUAGGAAGAGCACUGAUACUAUUAAGAAAAGCAAGCGGAGAUCAAGACCAGAUCCGGAUCUAGAUCAAAGUAAAGAUGAUCCUGUCGUGCAGUCCCAGGAGAGUGUUAGCAACCUGACAGAACAAAGCUCACACAGUGCAAAGCCAGUUCAUGAUGGACACUGUCCAAGCUGUCAGAUGCCCUUCUCUUUACUGGUAGUCCAGACACCUCGGUGGCAUGUUGCUGAAUGCUUGGAUACCCCAGGACCUGUGGAAAAAGAGUGUCCCGAUGGUUUACUGUGCACCUCCACCAUUCCAUCCCACUACAAGCGCUUCACCCAUUUUCUCCUUGCAGCAAGCAGGGCAGGAGAUUAUCUCAUACACUCUUCAACAUGCACUCCGGAGAGGAAGGGCACUUGUUCCACUGCUGCAGAGCCCAGCUGCCUCCCAACUCUCGUGGAGACAACUUCACAGAACGAGAAGCCAUCCAGGAAUGGCCCAAAUGCUGAGCAGACACUGGUGGUGCAGAGUUCAGCACAAAUGAAAUCUCUAAAUAUAACCAGUGAAAGUACUUCCUCUUCUGCAAACGUUGAAAGACCUCAACAGACACUACAGUUCACGCAGAGCACAGAUGAUAAUUGCCAGUUUGAAUUUUAUGACUUUGCAUCCUCUCAAGGAAGUGAAAUAGGAGAAGAUCUGGACAGCCAGAGAGAUACAAAUCAGCCAAGUCUGCUACAAUCAAAAGUUGAUUUCAGUGACUGUGAAAUUUCUUAUUCUCCACUAAGUACUUGUGAGGAAAGUGAAGAGGAAACUGAGAAAGAAGAGAAGAAAAUAAAAGCAUUCCAAAAUAAAUUAUUGGAAGUUCAGAAUUCUGAAAAUGAAUAUUCUAAUUCUGUGUUGUUUAAAAAUUUUGAGGGGCUUCCUAUACAGCAUGUUAAAAUGGGAAGUAACAAAACAGAGCACUGUGAGAAAAUAAAUACAUCAAGCCAUCUGGAUCCCAGUGUAAAAACUGUUUCUCAGAGUCACAUGAAUAGCAAGUUCUCUAAUUCAGCAUGUGUAGCUAAUCAGCAUCAGCAAGAAGUGCUAAACACAGCAUCCUCGUUUCCUCUUCAAUAUAAUAGAACUCAGGAGGAGGGUGAAGAGUCAGAAUUACUUGCACCUGUUGCUAAUGCAGGUAAUAAAGACUCUGAAGACAGGGGUGCUUAUGCUGUGGAUUCUGCCUACGUGGCUCUUUCAGAUAUGGUGUUGCUGCAAGUGAGUGAAGGUGCUAGGUCUGUCCUGCCACAGGAAAGUAAUAUUUUGAAGGACCCAAGUAAUCUUUUGACUAGUGUAGAUAAAAUGACUGCUAGCAUGACUGAAAAAGCAGGAUGCCAGGAGAGUUUGCAGUCAGUAACAGAGAAAGAAGGAAAUCUUCCUAAUAAAACUCCUGUGUGCUGUUCCAGCCCAGUGUCUAAAACAGUGCAGGCUGUUUCUUUAGCAAGCAUGAAUGCCAAAUCUAGUUCUGCCAAAGAACUCAAGCAAAUGGACAUUGGUGUUUUCUUUGGGUUAAAACCCAAAGCAAAAGAGGAAAGCAAAAAAGAAGAGGAAAGCAAAAGAGCGACUGUGUCAAGCGAAGGAAUGCAGAUAUUGAAUCCAGUUACUCCCAAUGGAAAGACACCCAGACGGCGCAAAAGGAAAGCCGAAGGAUCAGUGGAGGAUGUAGAAGCAGUUAUAGGUAGUCCAAAUAAAAAUGGAGGCUUUGCAGAUGCAAAUUCUGGUGGCCAACGAAGGUGGAGAAAAAGAUUUAGGGAAUCAUCUACUACAGGGGAAGGAACAAGAAAAAAACAGUGCCCCUUCUACAAGAAAAUACCAGGAACUGGUUUUACAGUUGAUGCCUUCCAGUAUGGAGAAAUUGAAGGCUGUACAGCCUAUUUCCUCACUCAUUUCCACUCUGAUCACUAUUGCGGCCUAACAAAAAAUUUCAUGUUUCCAAUCUACUGUAAUAAGAUAACUGGCAAUCUGGUGAAGAGCAAACUCCGAGUCAAGGAGCAGUAUAUCCAUGUGCUGCCAAUGGACACGGAAUGUGUAGUAAAUGGGAUCAAAGUGUUGUUGCUUGAUGCCAACCAUUGUCCAGGUGCAACAAUGAUCCUUUUUUGUCUCCCUACUGGAAACGUUAUUCUGCACACGGGAGACUUCAGGGCAGAUCCUUCCAUGGAGCGCUAUUCUCCUCUGAUUGGUAGAAAAGUCCAUACUCUUUACCUUGAUACCACAUACUGCAGUCCUGAAUAUACCUUUCCUUCCCAACAAGAGGUUAUCCAGUUUGCUGUCAAUACUGCUUUCGAGACAGUAACUUUAAAUCCACGUACUUUAGUUGUCUGUGGCACCUACUCUAUUGGAAAAGAAAAAGUCUUUUUAGCAAUUGCUGAAGUUUUGGGCUCCAAAGCAAGUAUGUCUCAUGAUAAAUACAAAACACUGCAGUGCUUGGAGUCAGCAGCUGUGAAUUCCCUUAUCAGUAUGGACUGGCAUGAUAGUUUGCUUCAUGUUCUUCCUAUGAUGCAAAUUAAUUUUAAGGGCCUGCAAGAUCACUUGAAUAAAUUUGCUGAGAAUUUUGAUCAAGUUCUGGCUUUCAGGCCUACUGGGUGGACCUACUCGGAUUCCUGCUACUCAGUGGUGGAUAUCAAGCCUCAGACAAGAGGAAGGAUCACCAUAUAUGGGAUUCCUUACAGUGAGCACAGCAGUUACCUAGAGAUGAAGCGUUUUGUUCAAUGGUUGAAGCCACAGAAAAUCAUCCCCACUGUAAAUGCUGGUGACUGGAGAGCCAGAAGCUUGAUGGAGAAGCAGUUUAGAGACUGGAUGGUAGAGAGCAACGGACACAAAUAAGGAAGGA